AUGACGCCCAUGGGGAUUUACUCGACCUUCCCUCGACGCAAGCCGGACGGGGACCUUGACGCCUCGGACGAUAAGCCGCUUCGUACGCUGUUCGAGCGGAUCCAGCAUCUCUCCCGUUCCAUGCGCCUGCAAGACGGUGGGAAAAGCACCAGCGCAAACAGCGCCUUCCCGCUCCGAUACUUGGUUGAGGUCCUGUUGGAAGUCGAGGCAGAGGUCGACGCCGCUCUGGGUCGCGUUCCCUCCUUCCCUCCCUCCCCCGGCCCCUGCUUCCCCCACCGCACAUGGCGGGCCCUGCGGCAGGUGCAAUGGGCCUUCAUCGACUUGUUCUUGGAGCACGUGAGCGUCUACCGGGAGUCAAGGAUGAAGGCGCCAGAGGUCUCGCAACCCGGGAGAACCUACCCGCCUGCCUUCCAUCGGCCCAUGUCCUGGUCCCGGGUGCAUGUGUUGGACGCCCUGUGUGACCUGACCACCCAGUGGUACGCGGCCUUGAAAGAGGCGCCGACCGUGGGCGGACUCGGGCAAGGAGAAGGCGUGAUGAUCGAUACCCGGCAACAGUCCAUGGUGGUCCGAGAACUCUCGCGCCUGGCCAACACCACGCAUGCCGCAGAGUUAGAGGCCAAGCCCAUUGUGGAGGAGCUCUGCAGGUUGCGGGAGCGCUUUCAAUUUUAUCCUGAACACAUGGAUUAAAGGGAGCAAUUGACUCUCUGCGAGAAGGUGAAUGGUUUGAGGCUAUUUAGUGUGGGAAUAGUGGGCCGCAAUAGCACAAAAUAAAGAAAGAGAGGAAGGAGGAGAGAUGCCAACGAAAGUCUGAAUUGCCCGCAUUGAAACAAAGAACGGAACAUCAUGUAACCGAUACUGA